UGUUGCAAUGGCGUUUGCUGCGACAGCAUUUUCCGGCAGAAGGGAAACUGAGGAGAAAGCAACGACAAACGUCGCUAGGAAAACUAAUAUCGCCAAUUCAACCUCCGGAUUUACAAAAUAAUCGACAAAGGGACUUGUGCUUUGUUUAUAUACCCUAUCGCAUUUUGGAUGAAAUUAUAUUUUACGGUUUCUAAACGUGAAUUCUCUCCCUUAAUGCAGUGGGAUGGCUGCAGUGCCGACUGGGCCUAGUAGCGCAUUGCCAGCAUCCCCGUCUGAAAUUACUCCCUUCCCCGGGGGUGGGAGCUUUGAGCCUGGGGAAGAGGAGGAAUCGGGCUGCGGUAGGGGGGACUUGGUAACUUCUGGAAGCGGACAGCAGUUGCAGAGCAUCGAGGACAAACGGUCGAUCAAGAAAAACCAGAAAAACAUGCUGUCACACGCAAACCCGGCAGCGCUACACCUCAAAACGCAACCCCAAGAGCAGCAGUUGAACGGCUUGGUCAGUCCGUCGGAAGAUGGUGUUAGCCACAGCAACCAACACACAGACGAUCGACCUGACAAUCCGAGACCGUCCACAGAAAACUGUGACAGCAGUGGCGAGGGAACUACGAGCGACAAAAACAAUAGCGAUCAUUGCCACCAUGAGGACCACGGUCUCUGUUCGAAAAACAGCAGCCACCCUCACUUGAACAACAAUAGCAUGAACGGUAUGCUGACUUUUACACGAACUGAGACUGUCCAAAGCCAUCCAGGAACUGGCGCUUUCCCCGGUAACGAUAGGAAAGCGGAAUGCGACCCAACGGAACCCCCGAGACCACCGGUCGAGCCCCCAGAUCGUGAAGGCCUCGAAGCACCACGGUCUGGAGUUGGAGGCGAACCCAACUCAACACAGGAGCCCCCGGUGUCAGAACUGGGUAGGCUCGAUCUCAAUUGCUCGCCAGGCCGAGUAGAGGAGGAAAGCAAUGGGAUUCAUUACGUCCGCUACGAGUCCGAAUUACAGAUGCCAGGAAUCAUGAGAUUGAUAACCAAGGACUUGUCUGAGCCUUACUCAAUUUACACGUACAGGUACUUCAUCCAUAACUGGCCGCAGCUCUGCUUUCUGGCCAUGGUGGAGCAAGAGUGUGUUGGAGCCAUAGUGUGUAAGCUGGACAUGCACAAGAAGAUGUUCCGUCGUGGCUACAUCGCCAUGUUGGCCGUGGACUCCAAACACCGGAGGAAAAGCAUAGGUACUAACCUGGUGAAGAAGGCCAUCUAUGCUAUGGUAGAAGGGGACUGUGAUGAGGUGGUGUUGGAGACUGAGAUCACUAACAAGUCAGCGCUGAAGCUGUAUGAGAACCUGGGCUUUGUCAGAGACAAGCGGCUGUUCAGAUACUACCUGAACGGUGUGGACGCGCUGCGGCUCAAACUGUGGCUGCGCUAGA